UUCCGCAGCGGCGCCGGCGCGGCCCGAGCGCGGCUGCCGCCCCUGAGCCAUGUUGCGCGGCCUGGGCAGCUGGCUGGGGCUGGAGCGGGCGGGCGAGGAGCAGCUGCUGCCCGCCGGCAAGAGGAGCGGCCCCGCGGAGCAGGAGCUGCAGGAGGAGGAGGCGGAGGCAGGGCCGGCCGAGCAGGAGCAGGGCGAGCUGCAGGGGGACUCGGAAGCGCUGCUUAGCCAGGCCAAAGGAUUCGGCAGUUACCUCUUCAAUUUUGCCUCUGCUGCUACAAAAAAGAUAUCUGAGUCUGUUGCUGAAACAGCACAGACAAUAAAGAAGUCUGUAGAAGAAGGAAAAAUUGACAGUAUCAUCGAUAAGACAAUUAUUGGAGAUUUUCAGAAGGAACAGAAGAAAUUUGUCCAAGAGCAGCAAACCAAAAAAUCAGAAGCAGCAGUGCCUCCCUGGGUAGACAGCAAUGAAGAAGAGACAAUUCAACAACAAAUACUGGCCUUAUCAGCAGAUAAACGGAAUUUUCUGCGAGACCCUCCGGCAGGUGUGCAGUUUCAUUUUGACUUUGAUCAAAUGUACCCUGUUGCACUGGUCAUGUUACAAGAAGAUGAGCUUCUCAAUAGGAUGAGGUUUGACCUUGUUCCCAAACAUGUAAAGGAGGAGGUGUUCUGGAGAAAUUAUUUCUACAGGGUGUCCCUAAUUAAACAGUCUGCACAACUCACCGCACUUGCAGCUCAACAGCAAGCAGCAGGAAAGGAAGAGAGCAAAGGCAGAGAAGAGGAUAGUGAACUGAAAGAAACAGUACGGCCAAAAACACCGCCUGUUACAAUAAAGCCUCAAAUAAAAUCACAAGAGGAUGAGGAAGAGAUUUCCACUAGUCCGGGUGUAUCAGAAUUUGUGAGUGAUGCUUUUGAUUCUUGUAAUCUGAAUCAGGAAGAUCUAAGAAAAGAAAUGGAACAACUAGUGCUAGACAAAAAGAAAGAAGAGACUUCAGCAGUAGAAGAAGAAACUGCUGAUUGGGAGAAGGAAUUGCAACAAGAGCUUCAAGAGUAUGAGGUGGUGACAGAAUCAGAAAAGCGUGAUGAAAACUGGGAUAAAGAAAUAGAAGAAAUGCUGCAAGAAGAAAAUUAAGCAUUUUCACAAAAUCACUAUAACCCAAAGCUCUUUCAGAGGACUGGCAUGGAUUUCUGCUUUCAUAUUUUGCUUACAAAAAUAUCUUCAGAAGACAUAAAAGAAUCUAAAGUCAUUAUAAUUCCAUAUGGGAAUACAACCAAUAUUUCUGUUCUUUAUAUGAGCAGUUUCUGAACUUCUAUAUUCUUCAAAAGAAAAAAAAGAGGAGACAGAUACUGCAGGUUAUAAUUAAAAGUGAUUGCAUUAAUAUAUGAAGCAGUGGUUCAGUUUGAGGCAUUUGUAGGUGACCAAGGAGCUCUUCAAAGAGAUGUCUAAGUCUAAGAACUGCAGUUUGUUCUGUCUGCAGCCUUCUGUUUGGGAUGUAAAAAUGGAUGUUGUAAGUAACUUAGUUCUUUGCAACAAUUCUCUCUUGACAUUUGCACUCUGAUCUCUGUAUAAUCUGUAAAUGUGUACUAUUUUUAAGGUACUUGUAGUUGGCAGAUUUCACAUGUAUUUAACUUCCUCAAUGUAUGUAGCCAAAGAAUUUAUAGAAAACACUAUCGAAUAACUUUCAAGGAUUUGGUAAAAUAUACUAGUGCAGAUUCCAAAAGAAACUGAUUAUUUAUCAGUCAGGCAGCAAACAUGUAAGCAUUUAAAUUAGGAUAGAGUUAGUAACUGCUUGAAUUAAAUUUGGGUUUGUUAAUCCUAUUGAGAUACUGCCUUUCCCCACAGAGAGAAAUGGUUUAAUGUGUUCUUUCUGCAGCAGGCUGUUCUGUUUCCAUUUAUUUUUACUGUCUGAGCUAAAAGCAAAUUAAAUGCUUUUCCUUCUUUUAAGUGCUGAAAAAUUUAUGUAAAAACUUUCACUGGUUUGGACAUCUUUAUUAAAUACUGUAAAUAUGUAUAAAA